AUGAGUGAAAACACAUUAAUCCGAACGAGGAAGUUUAUGUCUAAUCGCUUGCUAUGUCGCAAGCAAAUGGUCGUUGACAUUUUACACCCUGGACGUUGCGUCCUUUCAAGAAAUGAAAUUCGAGAAAAGCUUGCUAAGACCUAUAAAACUUCCCCAGAUGUCGUUUUCGCGUAUGGUUUCCGGACUCAGUUUGGAGGUGGCAAGUCAACAGGCUUUGCUCUUGUUUACGAUUCUCUGGAUCAUGCUAAGAAGUUCGAAAUGAAAUAUCGUCUUGCUAGGAAUAAACUAGUGACAAUUCCACCAAAAGGAAGAAAGUUAAAGAAGGAAAGAAAGAAUAAAGCCAAGAAGAUUCGAGGAACUAAAGCAAAGAAAUCGAAGAAGGACUCUUAA